AAUGGCUAGUUCUCCUUUGUGUGGGUUGAAUGAAACCCUUAACAUUGCAGUGACAGGUUGCACUGGCUCAGGGAAAUCAGCAUUCAUCAAUGCUUUAAGAGGUCUUCGUAGAAAUGAUGAGGGGGCCGCCCCAGUUGGUGUUACAGAAACGACAAUGGAAGCAAAGGCCUAUAAGCAUCCAAACCUUCCUGGAGUGAAUUUAUGGGAUCUCCCCGGAACUGGUUCCCCUACAUUCCAGGCCAAGGAUUACGUGAAGAAGGUUGAUUUGAAUAGAUAUGACUUCUUUGUCAUAAUGGCUUCCAAAAGAUUUACAGAAAAUGAUACAAAUCUUGCCAUGGAGAUCGAAAAGAUGGGGAAGCAGUUCUACUUUAUUCGUACCCAAAUUGACAAUGAUAUUCAUUCUUCUGAAUUAGAGGGCAUUGAAUACAAUAGAGAGGAAGUACUUUAAACCACCAGUAAUAAUUGCAUUGCUAACUUAGAACAGAUUGGCAUUCAGGAACCUUGUGUUUUCCUGUUAUCAAACUACCAUGUCAACGAAUACGAUUUCACUGCAUUUACUCAAACUAUUGAAGCUGAGCUGUCAGAAAUAAAAGAACAUGUCACAGAAAGAAGAAAGGACAUGCCCAAGAAGGGAAACAGCUGCAAGCUUCUUUGA